AUGCAGGAUAACCGAGUCCGUCAUGGCCCCAGCGCCGUCCCUCCUGAGCCAUCAAAACACCAAGAAGACAAUCCAGAAAAUCAACACAGCACCGAAACCAUUCGCAGAGACAGCGGAUCAUCCGAUGUCAACCUAGAAACGGAGCAGCAUGCAGAAGCCGCGACGUCCUCAGCAUUACCGCUACCUCCAGCUACAGAGCAGGCCAGGAGUCUCAAGAGCUCAGACAGUAAUUUGAGCAGUAUUGCAUCUUCCAUCAAGAGUGGCUCGCCACCGAAACCUGUCGUCACUCCAGACACCCCAGCUUCGGGGCUGCAAACGCCCGCUGCAUGCCGCCCUCUCACCCGCCGCCGAGCCACGCAUGGCAACCAAUAUCGCCCAGCGUCUUCUCUCUCGCAACAAGAACCAGACUCAAAAGUCUCUCAUCGACGCUCCCGCUCUCACGACACCAUGAUGCGACUCCAAGAGCUUCGCGAAGGCCUACCUGAUCCCCGGCCGGACAUUACCCCUGCGUCACCAGAGAUGACCACAACACAACCGGACAUUUCCUCUCGCCCAGUGCAGCCACCUCGUCGAAUUUCACAAAAGGUGGCUCAGGAUACCCGACAACUCCGCAAGGAGCUCGAGCAGCUCAGACAAGGGCUAUCGAACGAAGACGCGGCUCGACAACGGGAACUAGUCGCUGUGAAUUUUGCGGUCAACAGGAUCUUGGAGAUGCAGAAUAGCCAGAUGCAGGUGCAAGAUUCGUUGAUCGAUCGGUUCGUAGCGAUGGAUUUGGAAUUGAAGAAGAAUGGUCGGGCGGCCGGGAGUGGUUCGUCGAAGUAUGGGUCACUCUUAUCUUCCAAUCGACAAGGCGACAAGAGGAGUCAAGGGGAUUCUCGAAGUCCUAGAAAACAGGAAGAAAAAGGCCAUACCGAAGAGAAUAAGCAAGAAAAGUCUAGCGAUAAGAGAAGCGAAGGCGGCUCGCCGAAAGCCACAGAAAGCAAACAGUGCAAACAGCAGUGA